UUCUGACUUGCUUUCCCCCUCUUAUCCCCGGCCUUUUCCUGCUCUUAUAAGGGCUUCCCCACUCUCGCAGGCUAUCAGCGCAUCUGCUCCAGACCUCCGCUGCGUCGGAAACCUCGCAGAAACCAUACAAACACCUCGCCGUCGGCCGUUCUUCCCUCCACUUUCAGCGACCAAUCGCAAUGGUUGACCUUAACAUGGCCAUGCCUUUCAAGGAAGCCCUCUCGAGACUUGAAAACCGUCGGGUCAAGUCUACACGCCCCCUCAUUCCCCCGCAGAUCCUGCAGGAGGAUCUCCCUCUUACUCUCCGCGCCGCUCAGACCGUCAUCGAGGGCCGCGCCGCCGUCGAGCGCAUCCUCCGCGGCGAUGACGAUCGCCUAAUGGUCGUCGUCGGCCCCUGCUCCAUCCACAACGUCGACGCCGGCCUCGAGUACGCCCGCAAGCUCGCCGCGUACGCCGAGACCGCAAAGGACGACCUCCUCAUCGUCAUGCGCGUCUACUUCGAGAAACCGCGCACGACUGUCGGCUGGAAGGGCCUCAUCAACGACCCCGAUCUGAAUAACUCGUUCGCGAUCAACAAGGGCUUGCGGAUGGCGCGCGGGGUGCUCUUGGAGGUGGCGAAGUUGGGCCUGCCCGCUGGGUGCGAGUUCCUCGACACGAUCACGCCGCAGUACACGGCGGAUCUGGUCACUUGGGGCGCGAUCGGGGCAAGGACGACGGAGAGUCAGGUGCAUAGGGAGCUCGUUAGUGCGCUCUCGAUGCCGACUGGGUUCAAGAACUCGACGGAUGGGGGUGUGGGGAUUGCGAUCGACGCGUGUCGGGCAGCACGGGCAGGACAUGUCUUCCUUUCCGUGGGUAAGGAGGGUUUGAGCUCCAUCGUUGAGACGGAGGGGAACCCCGACGUGCACCUCAUCCUCCGCGGCGGCUCGAGCGGGCCAAACUACGAGGCCGAGCACGUUCGCGACGCGGCAGCAAAACUUGCGAAGGCAAACCUCUCACAAAAGCUCAUGAUCGACUGCAGCCACGGCAACAGCUCAAAACAGUUCUCGCGCCAGCCCCUCGUAGCAGACGACAUCGCCAAGCAACUCGAAUCCUCUGACACCGGCCCCAUGAUCAUGGGCGUCAUGAUUGAGUCCAACCUCGUUGAGGGCCGCCAGGACAUCCCCGCAUCCGGUCCUGCAGGUCUCAAGUACGGCCAGUCUGUCACGGACGGCUGCAUAUCCUGGGAGACCACCGUGCCAACGCUCGAGCGCCUGCGCGAGGGUGUGAGGGGACGGCGAGAGCAGAUCGCAAAAAACGCGGCGGCGCCUUGAGAUACGCACCGCGACUGCGACUUGCGAACCCCUUGUCCGGGAUGGAAGCCAAAACUUUCCAUGCCAGGACGGGGACAAAAACACCUGGUAGCUAUUCCGCUUACCGAUGUAGACUAUAUACGGGAUGCACUCGUACGCAUGAAAAUAUACUCGUGUACAAUA